GCGCUCUGCGAGGCUGCGAGUUGGGUCACCACUGAGUACUUUGUCUUCACCGACACGUAUCACAUCGUCUCGGGGCCCUCCUACGUCUUGGUAGAUGAGGGGGGAUUCCCUGUCCUGCCGUACAUUCACCGGGACUCCAGCUACUGCCAGGAGCGUGUGGA